AUGUCGUCGGCGCAACAAGUUGUUAAGCGUGCCAAAUACAAAACCACUGUCAAAGAUCCUGGCACUCCCGGCGUACUCAAAUUGACUCGAGAAAAGUUUGUUUUCAAGCCUAACGAUCCAACAUCAAGCAACAAGCUCGAAGCUGAUUUCAGAUUAAUUAAAAAUCAUAAACACACCAAAGAGGGUUCGAACAAACCGCCGUGGCUUAACCUUGCACAUUCUCAGGGAAGUUACAUCUUUGAAUUUGAAAGCUUUUCAGAUCUUCAUAUUUGCCGGGAAUUGGUUGGUAGUGCCCUUAGCAAGUAUGUAGAACCACCAAAAGUUGUUUCUGAUGAACAGCUUAGCGCUUCUGAAAUGACACUGAGAAUUAAGCUAUUGCAAGAAGAUAGUAAGUUGCAGAAACUUCAUAAAGAACUUGUGGCUAGUGGUAAGCUUACAGAAUCAGAAUUUUGGGCUACAAAGAAGAAAUUGCUCGACCAAGAUGAAAGCAGAAAGUUAAAACAAAGGAUUGGAUUUAAAAAUUCUUUGAUCUUCGACACAAAACCUACUAGUGAUGGUCGGAUAAACCAGGUUAAGUUUCAAUUGACACCGGAGAUAAAACAUCAGAUUUUUACCCUCAAACCAGCUGUUCACCAGGCAUUCCUCAGUUUUGUACCCAGUAAGAUGAGUGAGGUAGAUUUCUGGAACAAAUACUUUAGAGCUGAAUAUCUCCAUAGUACCAAAAAUGCUAUUGCGGCAGCUGCUGAGGCUGCUGAAGAUGAGGAUCUUGCUGUUUUUUUGAAAGAUGACGAGAUAUUAGAAAAUGAAUCUCGAGAGAAGGUUCGACGGGUUGAUCCGACUUUAGACAUGGAAGCAGACCAAGGAGAUGAUUACACUCAUCUUCCGAAUCAUGGGAUCUUCCGUGAUGGUAGCAAGGAAACAUCUGAACCUCAAAAUACUAUGUAUUGGCGAACAUUGUUGCAAGAUCUUAAUAGACAAAGUGAGGUGGUUCUCGAAGGAAAAACUAUAGAUAAAGAUAUGGAACCUCCAAGAACAGUGGCAGAAGUGCUUGCUCGGAGAAAACGGAGAUUUGAUGGGGUUAUAGAGGAGGAGAGGCUAAUCAGAAUUUCUAAGAUGACACCGAUUGAGGAUCUUCAGGCACAAGAUGAUAAUGCGUUUGCACCACUCUGUAUCAAGGAUCCUCGUGACUAUUUUGAUUUUCAACAAGCGAAUGCAGUAAAAACUUUGGAUGAUUCCCUAGCUGCUAAGAUGAAAACAAGAAGCAAUUUGGGUUAUGAGGAAGCCUAUGGCUCUUUGAGGGAGUCAAUAUCUAACAUCGUUACUAUGGGAUUAAGGGAUCCUCUAUUGAGCUCUGAUGUUGCCAUUAAGGUCCUUACUGGAUUGACCAAAAAUAUCUCAAGCACCAAAUCAAAUCUUGGGAAAAGUUCUAAGGAGAGUGCCCUUGAUAUAUUGCCCAACGCAACUAAGGAGAAACUACUAGAUCAUUGGGUUUGCAGUCAGGAAUUACUGAAGCACUUUUGGUCUUCCUAUCCAGUAACAACACAAAGCCUUGCUAAUAAGGCCAGAAGACUGAAAGAUGCCAUAUCACAAAUAUAUGCUAAACUUGAGGAAAUAAAGGUAUCUUCACAGUCAGACCUGCGGCACCAGGUUUCACUUGUUGUCCAUCCAAUGCAGCAGGCUCUGGAUGCUGCAUUGUUACAUUAUGAAGCUGAUCUUGGGAAAAGAAAUGCUAAAGGGUCGAAGCCUAAUGGUUAUGUUUAG